AUGACUACCAUACCUGUUUACAAGUGCUCACUUGCCGAAGUGAUCCACGCAUAUACUACUACUCCGAAAUAUCUCAUUGUUGCCCAAUCUACACUAAACAAUCCAUUUGAAGUGCAUCUACAUUAUUCAACUCAUGCAGAUUCAGGAAUAGUAGUACCGAACAAGACUUUCAAAUAUCCAAUACAUAUUUCCAGAAGGAUAACGCCUGGUAUCAAUUAUACGACUACUGUGAAACGCUUAGAAAUUACAGAAACACCGAUAUUGGAAAAAUCGAAAAAGGCUUUGAAAACAAUAGUAUAUAACUUAAUAAUUGUAUGCAUCGAUGGAAUAAGAAUUACGACAUUAGAAAAUUUAGUGGAACCUGAAUAUUCUCAAUUAAAUGAAUGGGUACUGCCAAAUAAAAAUGACUCAAUUAGUUCAUUUUAUUGCCAAAGUAGGAAAAAUGGUACUAUUGAAAUAGUGCUUGGAACAACGUUUUGUAGCAUCGUUCAUUUAUUAUUCUAUAUCGAAACAGGAACAUUUCGAAAUCUAGACUUACAAAAAGGUACAGCAUUGUAUACUAUUGAUGAAUUAAUCUCUGACUCUGUCGUUAGCAUUUGUGGACUAAGAAGUCCAUCAAAAGGUUCAAAUUUUCCUUGUACAAACGAAAAUGAGCUGAUAACGAGGAAUUCAUUUACAGAUGCCUUGAGUGUGGCGACUGUAGAUGGGAAGGUCCACAUUGUUUCGAAAAAUAAAUCUGAAGUCCAUGAUUUCCUAGAAUCCAUUCUUCCUGAUGAAAAUAAAGAACAUAACGUAACUGCAGCAGAUUCCGUUAUUGCGAAGGAAUUUAUGAAUUCAUCUUUAAUAUUUGUUGUUGCCAACAUUACUAACGUUGGAUGCAUAAUAUUUGAAAAGUCCAAAAGGCGAUGGGAACAAUUAGAAAUAUUGGAGCGAGAUCAUAAUGCAAUUGAAGACACACCAUUAUUAGAUCAUAUACUGAGCUUAAAUGUUGAUAUGAAUGAAUUUAUCAUAUAUUCUGGAAGCGUGAAUGGCAAAUUAUAUCAAUGGACCUAUAAUUAUAAAGAUUAUCAACUAAUAAGUUCUUCUGUCUUCGAAGAAAAUAUCUAUAAUGUAGUACAUUCUAUAUCAAUGGAAGGAAAUGCGCGGAAAUUGUUUUUCAUUCAUAAUGAUGAUACUUGUAUCAACUACAUACAAUUAUAA